UCCACUGUUAGGAAACGGACACGGUGUUCUUAGUCAACGUAUAUUAUUUAGCCCCGGUCGUGUUUCUUUAUUAAUCUUUCGUUUGGUAUCUGACAGUGCAUGACUUCUCUAUAUACAGUCAUUUUAUACCGGUUUGUACUCACCCCCGUCCUCUUUCGGGCAUGACGUCAUUGUGGGAACUCGCGAUUGGCUCUCUUCACGCGACUUUUCAAACGCGCUCACACACAGAGACGCACACUUCUCAACGGAAAGCCUGAAGACUUCACUUCUCACACUGAGUUCAGAUUUUUUUUAAAAAUUUUCCAGUGACCGAUAUAACAAACCUGUAACUUUGCUUUGGACACACUUGAGGACGGAAUCUUUCUUCUUGAAUAGAAAAGUUUUUUCCCCCUUUUCUCCAAGAAUGUACGGAGCAUCUUGAGUUGUCAGGAGAAAUGGAAAAUACAGUCAAAGCGGACCACCGCGGUCUGAAUCUUCAAACGAGGGCAUCUUAAUGUGUAUUUAUGUCAACGUUAUAAUUAUUACAUCUCCGAAGCAGUCUGUAGUUAUCCCAGUUAUUGCACGAGGAUCCGGUCUUGAGGAAAAUGAUCUCCGAAGAGCGAAGCAACCAAUUUAACAAGCAAGCACUGGGGUUUCCUAUUGGAUUAUUGAUCCGGUCCCCGAAAAAACGGCUUGCAACAUUAGGGAGGAAGCCCAGCAAUGGCUCUCUACAAUCCAACACGUCUGAGUGCACAACUCGAUCUGCUGAGAGUGCUGGUGUCAGGCAGCCAGCCAGAAGUAAGAUCCGCCGCCACAACAACAAGCUGGCCACAGUGUUUAACCGGAGUCCACUUCUGCAAGACAGCAGACCUGGGCGCCUUGAGGCAAAUAUUGAUCUAAAUGAUGACCCCACUGAGCUGUCCAGUCAACUGUCUGCUCCAGGGAUCUUAAAAAUAUUUGGCAGUGACAUCUGCCAAGGGACUAAUUACAAGAGCGUGCUGGCCACGAAUCGUUCAAGCGCCAAGGAGCUGGUUAAAGAGGCCUUGGAGAGAUACUGCCUUGAAAAGGAAGAUUCAGAUGCAUAUGUACUCUGUGAUGUGAUUGGGCGUAUUGGGAUAACCCACCAGUGGCAGACAGAGUGUCUUCGGGUUAUUGGUGACAGCGAGAAACCCCUUAUACUACAAUCCCUUUGGAAACCCAAAGAAGGAUUUUGCAGAAGGUUCGAAAUCCACAAAAGAUCAAAUAUUGAAGAACGUAAUGCCAAAGACAGAGACACAAUCACUGCAGGCCUCAAUGCCCGAGUGCGGAAUCUACAGAAAGUCAAUUCAAGGGUCACGUCACUCUUUGUGGAUGGGAGUAGUGGGUACAUGGACAGCGUCGGUAUCUGGAGGAGCCUAAGUGACAUGGACCUCUCUGCCAUGGGUAAGGAGGCCAGCAGGGCUAAUAAAGGAGGUGCUCUGCAGGAGGAUCCUGAGGCCGAAGCUGAUUUGGACAGACGCUGUCUCAUCACAGAGAAGGAAGAGACGGAGAGCAGCGAUGACAACACCACACAGUACUCCAUUCACCCGCCUUUCGAUUUCCCCUACUUUCUUCUUCUUCAGGGUUACAGCCACAGACAAGACUUUGUGAUCUAUCUGAUGAGUGGAAACAGCUGUGUGUUUGGCAGCUGUGCUGGGCAUGGUGAGGAUGGAGAGCAGCUGAAGGUGGAUGUGGUGCUCUAUGCCCCUGAUGUGCUUCCCCAACACUGCUCCGUGCAGCACCUGGUUGUUCCCAGGACCCAAGCUGAGAGUAGCAGGAGAACAUCAACUCUACUAAAGCCCCUCCAUGGAGCCUUCGUAACCCACAAUGGUGUUCCGUUAAAGGGCCAAGCUGAACUCUUUCCAGGUGACUUGAUAGGCUUGGGUCAGCAUUACCUCUUCAUGUUUAAGGACCCCACAGCACCUGAUAUCCACUGCAUACCUACCUGGAUGGCCAGACUUUCUCCCCAAGCUUCAGCCCCACUCUGUAAUGCCUGUGGUUCCUCUGUAAGAAGGCACAGGAUGAGCAGAAGGGUCCCAGCCAGCUGGAGGGACUUAGACGAGCAGGUGCUUUCUCUUACCUAUGAACUGCACCAAGAGGACCAGGUACUGGAAAAGAUUCUUUCCAUGGUGGACCCUAGAGGACCAGAGCCUAAACUUGUUCCAGCCUUCCUGCUCUGUUUGUGCAUUCAACAUUCAGCUGCUAGCUGGGAAAUGACGAACCUCUGCAAGCUGUUGUUGCAAAUCGCAAACCAGAUCCAGCUUUCCAUGUGGGAGAGGACAAAAGAGCUUGCAGUGCUUCAGCCAGAGAAUGGAGCCGGAGAUGGACAACCAGAGCCAGAGGCGAUUUGUGUGCUGAACAUGACUGACCUGAUCCCAGGCCUGCAGCCGCUCGUGCUAUGGAUGGCUAACUCCAUUGAACUGUUGCAUUUCAUUCAGCAUGAGGUGCCCCUGCUCCUGCCAUGGACACAGCAAGAUGAAGAGCAAGACAAAGAAUUAUUAAAUUCUCAGAUCCUGUCCACACGUACUGCCAGUGAGGAGGCCAUGACUGUCCUAGAGGAAGUCAUCAUGUUCACUUUCCAGCAGACUGUCUAUUACCUUACGAGAAGAUUGUAUUCAGUGCUACCAGGGUUGCUAGAUAGUAACCCUUUCUCUGAGAAUGGACAGCUGUGCAUGCCUGUGGGUGUCAGCAAUGUCUUGGAGGUUCUUAAGGAGGCAUUUCAGCUGCUCAACACCUUCAAAGUGCACUCAGAUAUAACCUCACAGCUCCUGGCAUAUCUCUUCUUCUUCACCAAUGCUUCACUCUUCAACAUCCUUAUGGAGAGAGGUUCAGGAGGUGGGUUCUACCAGUGGUCCAGAGGAGUACAGAUCCGAGCCAACCUAGAUUUGUUGAUGGACUGGACCCAGAGUGUUGGUUUGGGCGACCUGUCAGUGGAGUUCUUCCACAAACUCUCCUCAGCAGUCAACUUACUGGCCACCCCUAAGGAGAAUUUACUACAGACCACCUGGGUGUCUCUUAGAGCCGAGUUCCCUCACCUCAAUCCAGCACAACUUCACCAUAUGUUGAGAGAAUACAACACCAGUAGGGCCUGUCCCUCCUGCUGGACCCCUUCUCCAGAGGAAGCAGAAUCUGCCCUCCAAACCUCUGAAAUUCUGGAGAGUUUUGACAAUCAUCCUCCACUUAUCCUGCCAAACAACACCUUUCACUUGGAUCUGGGGAAGCCCAUCACAGAGCUUGCUUUCUUGUCCCACCUUAAGAGCCUACAGGACUUCAUCAACAGCCUCCCUAUCAACCAGAUACAACAACCACUGCAGGACACAAGCACUGACCAGAUGGAAGUUACACAAAUAGUUUCUUCCCCAUCCAGCUCAGAAGUGGAGUGCCUUGGGUCCAUCAAAGCCACCUGUCCAACCAUUCAUUGCAGUUAUAUAUCAGAGCAGCAUCGUUGCUUGUCUGCCUCACCUCCUCAGCUCAGGGGCUUCCACAAUGCACUAGGUUCCUGUGAAGCGCUCUUGUCUCAGAAGCUAAAGAGCCUGGAGCUUCAGAACAGCCUACCUGGGGAAACGGACCUAUGCUCACACAAGAGCCUGGCCUUGGAUCCGUCCUGCCUUCUCACCCCACCCAACACACCCCAGGGCCUGGAGCUCUCUGAACUUGAGGCGAGUCUACAAGCAGAGGCCACGCAAAAUGCCAAAGAGAAUGGUCUCAGAGGAAAUGCAGAUGGAGUGAGAGAAAUGGAAGAGGAUGAAGAUGAGGUGUUCACAGUAGAAAUGUCAAGAGGACCUCAUGGCUUCGGCCUAGCGUUGGUGGACGGACUGAAAUCUCCACUAGGGAUGAACGGGAUCUAUGUAAAGUCAGUAGUGCCAGGUUCACCAGCCGCUCAGUGUCAGAAGCUCAGACUUGGUGAUCGUAUCCUGGCUGUGAACGGAGUUAGUCUUGUCGGUAUGGACUACCAGACUGGAAGGGAGAUCAUCCGGACAUCAGGAGAUUCUCUCCGGUUGCUAGUGGCCAAAAUUGAAGACAGCAGCAGUGGCACGAGCUCCAGCACCAGAUGCUAAACUAGUGGGGGACUGUCCUGUUUCAACCUAGGGUUUUCAGGACAAAUUACAGGACUUUUGGUUCUUUCAGCUUCAAAAUCAGACCCUUUACUCUUUUCCAAGCUGCUGGCUGAAGCCCUCAACAAUUUUCUUUUUAAACAAAAAAAAGGUUUCAAUGGGAUUAUCAAUGGAAAAGUCAUAACAAAUAAAAUACAUUUACUUUUACUGAAGACUUUAAUGAAGCCAGUUUUGGGAUUUGGACUCCCGGUGGAUGAAGUUCAUGUCUACUUGGUUGUAAAUAUGCAUACCAAAUGACUUAAAACCAAUCUUUGAUGCAGUAAUUUAAUUGAGUAUGCAUCUGUUUGCUGUCUGCAUUAAAUGCAACACAUUUCAGGUUUGUCUGGAAAUGGCUAUAGCUCAGAUGUUAUGCUGUUGUUUGUUUGCUUCUUAUAGCAUCAAUGACCCAAAUAUUUAUCCUAAAUAUGAAGACACAUAUAUGCAAUAUUACAGUAAUAUCAAUGGAAAAUUAUUUUAUAUUUUUUUGUUCAACAUAUGGUAAACAAUAUCUGGCUUGCAUCAAGUACUAUUAUUAAUUUGUUCUGGUCAGAGCAAAGUAUUUCUAUUCAGCAUGCUCAAAGCCAUGGAUCAAAUUGCCAACUAGUCUUGUCUGUUUCUGAGCAGGCAUUAAUAAGCAUUAUGUGAUACAUUCAAUGGUCAUUUUUUUCUCAUUGCAAGAGAAACAGUGUUAUAUCAGCAUUAUUGAUAUGGUAUGUUUGUAUGGUAUAUUUAUAUUCUUUUCUAUUCUAUGUAAUAUUUACAUGUGAAAUAAAUAUUGCUGAUUUUUAA